UUUAAUUUUAUGUUUUAAAAUUUCAAUAGAAAAUAAGUGCCCUAAUCGGUUAAUCAGUACAGAACCCCAAUUCCAAAUCUCUCAUCUUCAUCGGCUCACUGCCACUGUUACCUCAGUGCCGGCGGUGGACUCUCCGGUUAAGUACUUGAUGGUAUUUCUUAGCUGGACGCGUCCAUCUCCUGAAGAGCAGAAAGCAUGUAUCAACAAGUAAAGAAUGCCCAGAACUUGUUACUCGCUUCGUUCCAAUUUAUUUGUCUUAUCUUGCUUUUUAAUCCGUUUACAAGAGAUUCUAGACCGCUACAUCGUUUUGGGACAUUCUACGUCUGGUUCCUUUAACUAUGAUAAAAGAUUUAGAGGAACUACUGAGAAACCUGCUCCUCUACUUAAGCAAGACAGUGAGCUUGCAAAGGAUGGUUUCUCUGUUAAUUGUGCUCGUGUAUUAGUCGGUUCAGGCCGUGAGACUUUUGAAAAGGGAAAAGCUGCUCUUCAAAAUUGGAGCAGGCAUUUUGGAUUGAAUUGGGCGUUUGUUGAUCCAAAAGCUCAAAUUCAAAGUGGGACAAAGUUCUGUGUUUGUGUGAAGGAGUUCUUCCCGUGGCUUAUGAUGCCUCUACAGGUUGUUUAUGUCAGCGAGAACAAGAACUCGAAAAAGGGGGCUUCGUUUAGUUUUGGCAGUGGAACUCUGCAAGGACAUUUGCUGGCUGGUGAAGAACGUUUUUCAAUAGCAUUGGACGAAAAUGAUCUAGUUUGGUACGAGAUACUUUCCUUCUCGAAGCCUGCACAUCUGCUGUCACUCUUUGGAUACCCUUACGUUCUUCUAAGGCAAAAAUACUUUGCUCAUCAAUCAGGUAGUGCGGUGAAGAAACAUUUAUCUGCUUAAAACAUGUGAGACUAUAACUGUGUGUGAACAGGAACUCUUUGUUGUAAAAGAUUCCCAUCCAUAGUUAUAUUGGGUCUUCAUUUCAUGUAUAUUUCUUUGCAUUAUAUGCACGACCUAGUUACUAAUAAUGCAAUUCUAGUCCCUGUUAAAGAAAAAUGUAAUUGUAGUCCAAUAGCUGGAUAAUCAGUGUGAUUUAAUUAAGUGAAUGCAUAGAAGAUAAACUAUGCAUAAGAACCCAAUAGCGAGAAUCAUUUCAAGAAAGGGUCAUUCCAUUCUAUGUAUUA